CCUUUUUAAAACCCUAACGGAGCUGGAACCGGCAGAACAUUCCGACAGCCUCAGCGCGGCCGUCCCCGACGUUCCAAUACUCUCAGCUCGCACCACGUUCCAAUAGCCUCAGCGUGGUUGUCCUCCACUUUCCGAUAGUCUCAGCGCGGUCGUCCCCCGAGAUGAUGGACCAGGCAGCUUCAGGAGUUGUGAAGUAUGUUCAUUUUAACUUUUAUACCUCAGAGGAGAUUCGGAAGAUAAGUGUAAAGAAGAUCACUAAACCGGAUCUCCUUGAUGCAAAGAAUAGUCCUAUUCCGGAUGGACUAUAUGAUCCUGCACUGGGUCCGCUUAAUGAUAAUGACUCGUGCAAGUCCUGUGGCCAGCUUUCUGUUCGUUGCCCAGGUCAUUGUGGUCACAUUGACCUUGCAAAACCACUUUACAACCCAUUAUUGUUCAAGACCCUUCAGGGUCUACUUCAAAUUACCUGCUUUUUUUGCCACAAAUUCAAAAUAAACGAAGAAAAGGUAAAACGAUACGUUGCCCAGUUGGAUCUCAUAGUGAAGGGUGACAUUAAUGGGGCUAGAAGUUUGGAAGCCAAUACAUGGAGUGAGAUAUUUUUUCCUGAGGAAGAAACUGCAGAAUCCAUAACAUCAAAUUUUGACAAUGCAAAUUCUAAGCAUUUGACAUGGACAUCACUUCAACAAUCUGAGGCUCUUUCUAUUUUUUCUAAAUUUAUGAGGGAAAGGCGGAAGAAGUGUGAUAAUUGUGGUAAAAAAAAUCCAACAAUUAAUAGUCCUAUAUUUGGUUGGCUUAACAAGACCACACAGGAAUCUGAUAUACGAGCCAAUUUCAUCUUAGAUUCUAGUCUGGAUCAAUCAUCCAGUGAGGCAAAAUAUUCCAGCAUUACUCAGUCAAGGGGAGAGAGUGCUUCAGAAAUGGAUGAAGAAUCACCUUUGUCAAAAAAAAAAGUGAAAUUAGGCGACUUGCCUCCUGAAUUUAUCAAACAAAUGUCAUCUUCUGGACAAAAGCAUCUGUUACCUUCUGAGGUGGAAUUUAUUUUAAACAACUUGUGGAAAAAUGAGGCAAAUCUCUGCAUGCUUAUAUCCGACAUUCACUGUAAAAACCUGAGUAUCUCUCGAGGGAACAAAGGGUUUGCAAUGUUUUUCCUGAAGACUCUUCUUAUUCCACCGAGCAAGUUCCGUCCUGCUGCUGGGAGUUCUGGUCGUGGGGUACUGGAACAUCCACAAAAUACUUUGCUGAGUAAAGUUCAACAAGCCAAUAUUGCUUUAAAGAAUUGUAUUGUUGCUAAUCCUGAUCAUCCUGAUAUUUUGAGGAGCUGGAUGGACCUUCAAAAAUGUGUGAAUGUGUUGUUUGAUAGCACCAAGGGCUUUGCAAAAAGCGACAAGGAAGCAAGUGGCAUACGCCAACUGUUGGAGAAGAAGUCGGGUAUUCUACGACAGAAAAUGAUGGGAAAGAGGGUUAAUUUUGCUUGUCGGUCUGUUAUAUCUCCAGAUCCCUACUUAGCUGUCAAUGAAAUAGGGAUUCCUCCUUAUUUUUCAUUGAGGUUGACAUAUCCUGAGAGAGUGACACCCUGGAAUGUUAAUAAACUGCGGUGUGCUAUAAUCAAUGGUGCUGAUAUUCAUCCAGGAGCUACACAUUAUAAGGACAAGGAAAGAAUGUAUAAAUUACAAGCAAGCCAAAAUAUGCGGAGUGCAAUUUCAAGAAAGUUGCCCACAUCUAGAGGAAUGACUGCCCAACUUGGAACGGGCCCAGAAUCAGAAUUUGAAGGCAAGGUUGUGUAUCGCCAUUUGCAGGAUGGAGAUAUUGUGCUUGUUAAUCGACAGCCUACCCUUCACAAGCCCAGUAUGAUGGCUCAUGUUGUUCGUGUGUUGAAAGGAGAAAAGACACUUCGCAUGCACUAUGCAAAUUGCAGCACAUAUAAUGCUGAUUUUGAUGGUGAUGAAAUGAAUGUACACCUCCCACAAGAUGAAAUUUCACGUGCCGAAGCCAUUAACAUUGUUAAUGCGAACAAACAAUAUAUUGUUCCCACUAGUGGGCACCCUAUAAGGGGGCUAAUUCAGGAUCAUAUCGUAAGUGCUGUACUUCUGACAAAGAUGGACACUUUUUUGACCCGUGAAGAGUAUCAUCAGCUUUUAUAUGCUUCCAGUGUCCCUCCUACUUCAUAUUCUCAACGUAAUAGAUUUGGCCAAAAGGUUUCAGUGUCAUGGUCUGAUUAUGAGAUACAGCCUCUUCCCCCUGCUAUUUGGAAGCCAACACCACUAUGGACAGGAAAACAGGUUAUUACUGCAAUCCUUAACUUUGUUACUAGAGGUCGCUUGCCACUUACUAUUGAAAAAAGAGGAAGAAUACAAAAAGAGUAUAUCGGGGAGGAUCAUACUUUACUUGUGUUGCAUAUUCACAACAAUGAGCUCGUACAUGGAAUGAUUGACAAGGCACAGUUUGGAACUUAUGGUUUAGUCCAUGCAGUCCAUGAACUAUAUGGUCCAGAUGUUGCGGGAACGUUGCUUUCUGUAUUUAGUCGCUUAUUUACUUCUUUUCUUCAGAUUCAUGGGUUCACUUGCGGAGUAGACGACCUUCUACUCAGUCAGAAAUCAGAUAUUGAGAGAGAGAGAAUAUUAAAGAAAAGUGAAAUACAAAGUGGAGAGGUCCAUAUGCGUUUUACCAGAACUAAAGAUGGUGAUGGAGAUCCAAUGAAAUUGCAAAGGGAGAUUGAGAAAGUUCUACGUGGUAAUGGAGAUUCAGCAACUGCCUUAUUGGACAGGAUGAUGUCAAAUUCUCUGAAUAGUCUGACUUCUGAAAUAAAUCAGACCCUAUUUCCUAAUGGAUUGUUGAAGCCAUUCUUGAAGAACUGUCUCUCUCUUAUGACCACUACUGGAGCUAAAGGUGGCUUGGUCAAUAUGACACAAAUUUCUUCUUUGUUGGGCCAACAAGAGUUGGAAGGAAAACGAGUACCACGUAUGGUCUCUGGAAAAACAUUGCCCUGCUUUCCUCCUUGGGAUAUUUCAAGUCGUGCAGGAGGCUUCAUUAGUGAUCGUUUUUUAACUGGUCUUCGGCCUCAAGAAUAUUAUUUUCACUGCAUGGCUGGACGUGAUGGAUUGGUUGAUACAGCUAUUAAAACAUCUCGGAGUGGAUACUUGCAGCGGUGUAUUAUUAAAAAUCUUGAGUGUUUAAAAGUUUCUUAUGAUCACACAGUACGUGAUGCUGAUGGGUCGGUUAUCCAAUUUAUAUAUGGGGAAGAUGGUAUUGACGUUCUUAAGGCGAGCCAUAUUUCUGAAUUUAAAAUGCUUUUGGAUAAUCAGAAGGUUGUUUUGCAAAAAUUCAGUGAUCAAAUUUCAGACACAUCUUUGGCAAAGUCAAAUGCUUAUAUUAGGGAGUUGCCAUGUUCCUUAAGAGACAAAGCAACUGAUUUUAUUUUGAAGAAUCAGAAGAGCUUUCCUCAUCAGAUAAAUCAGAAGGACUUUAUGAAAUUAAUGAAGCUCAAGUACCUAUCAAGUCUUGCUGAGCCUGGUGAGGCUGUUGGUGUUGUUGCCGCUCAAUCUGUUGGGGAACCAUCAACACAGAUGACGCUUAAUACUUUUCAUUUGGCUGGCAAGGGAGAUAUGAAUGUUACACUGGGAAUACCACGUUUACAAGAAAUCUUGAUGACUGCAUCGAAGGAUAUUCGGACUCCUCUCAUGAACUGUCCGUUGCAUGUUUGGAAGACCAAGGAUGAUGCCGAACGCCUUGCUGCAAAGUUAAGGAGGGUUUCUUUGGCUGAUGUUGUGGAGAGAAUGGAGGUCUGCACUGUACCAUUUUCCAUUCAUGGGAAUCAGAUCUCAACCAUCUAUAAGCUAAAGAUGACCCUUUAUCCAAGUGAGCUCUAUCCUGCCUUUUCAGAAUUAACAUUAGAAGACUGCAAAGAAGUUCUCGAGACGACAUUUGUUGAGGCCAUGGAAGAUGCCAUCGCAAAACACUUGGAUAUGAUAUUCAGGAUCAGUGACAUUAAGGUUGCUUCUGGCAAGGAAGAUAAUGAUUUCGAAGAAGGGGUUGAUGAAGAUGAAUCUAGAAAUAAAUCAAACACGGUGGAAGAAAAUGUUGAUGGUGGUGAUGAGGAUUAUGAAAGUCUUGAUGAUCAAGGAACAGAUUCUAGGAGGAGAAAACAGCAAGCAAAUGAUGAAGUAGAAUAUGAUGAUGGUAUUGAAAAAGAGAGCUUUGUUGCAGCAGGCGAACAUGAUGAAGAAAUGCAAUCAGGAUUUGAAAGUGAAAUUGAUCAUGUUGAAGCAGACGAGGAUUAUCUUAUGGGAGGGGGAAGUCCUGGGUUUGACAUGGACAUUGCAACACCUGAGAGCCCAUCAAAAGCUGACUCUACUCCCGUGUCAGAAGAUGGCAAGAAAAAGUCAAAACUUACGGAGAAAGGCAAGAAGGAAACUAAGUCAAAGGCCGAUAAGAAGGCCAAGAAGCCGAAAAGUAGCAAGAAAAAGAUCAGGAGAACAAUAUACAUGAUGGCUGAAGGAUUGAAAUUUGAGGUUCACUACAUCUUCAGAAGUGAACCACGAAUUUUGCUGGCCGAGAUUGCACAGAGAACAGCCAAGCGUGUAUAUGUAAAGGAGUAUAAGAAUAUUGAAAGGUGUUCAUUGAAAGAAAAUAAAAAGAGUACUGAUCCAUUCAUGCUGCAGAUUGCCGGAGUGAAUUUCAGCACACUUUGGGAUUUGGAGGAAUUUUUAGAUAUCAUUCACAUAUAUUCAAAUGAUAUACAUGCAAUGCUUAAUACCUAUGGUGUGGAAGCAGCACGAGCAACCAUUAUUAAAGAGGUUACAGAUGUGUUUGGAUUAUAUGGUAUACAAGUAAAUAUCCGACACCUCAGCCUUAUUGCAGAUUUUAUGACUUUUCAUGGAGGGUAUCGGCCCAUGAACAGGGUUGGAAUGGGUGAUUUCAACACCUCACCGUUUGGCAAGAUGACAUUUGAGACAGCAACUAAAUUCAUUAUUGAAUCAGCUUUCCAUGGAGAGGUGGACACAUUGGAGUCCCCAUCAGCUAGCGUCUCCCUUGGCCAGCCAGUGAAAAUGGGAACUGGCUGUUUCGACUUGAUGCAGAAUCUGCAGCUGUGAUAAUUGUGCAAAUUGGUCUUGAUUCUUCUUUUUUUGCUUGUAUUUAGUGGGUCAAAAUUCAUUAUAUAGUAUUAUUGAGGGUUAGAUUUUUGAAGUUUAGGUAGGCCCUUGUGCAUCUGCUCCUCAUCUACCAGGGUAAAUUUUUGAACGAGUUGCUAAUUGGCAAAGCUCGAUAAGAUUUUAUCUUCCCAUGUGGGCACCAUUUUCCCCACAAGUCCCAUUCAGAUUUUGAGUUUUCUUUCUGAUGGGUACUUGCCAGUGAGAUUGAGAAUUAGCUUAAAUAUAGAUUUGUUUCAGCAUCAAGCUGUCAUAUUUUUCUUGUAGCUGUACAUGCUUUAUUGAAUUCAUCUAAUUUAUUUUGUUGAUGA